GGAAGCCACGUGACUCCACCAAGCGCCGCCUCCUGGUCAACCGUCAUGGCGAUUCCACCCCCACAGGCGCCUGAAUUUGUGCACUAUAUAGCGAGAUUGCUUGACCCAUCAAUUAGUCAAGAGGUCAAGAGGAGCAUCGCAACUGAACUAAGGGAUUUCCAUGACUUUCACCGGGACCCAGCGGACGUGACGCGAUUUAUUUCCAUCGCGCUUCCUAUGCUUAUCAAAUUCUUGAGGGACGGACACCCCUCGUUCAAGAAGAACUCACUUGAACAUCAAACUCGAAUUAUUGUCCUUACGACCAUUCAAAGAUUCCCGCAUAGCGAGAAUAUGAAGCAGCAUGUGGUGGACAUUCAGAACUUGAUGGUUCACCUGUUACGAAAUGAUAAUGAAGAUCUUGGCGUUAUCUGUGUGAAGAUAGUGAUCGAUAUUAACAGGACGUAUAGGGCGUUGUUGGAGGGUCACAUUCAGCCAUUUAUUAGCUGGAUUAUUGACCUUUAUGAAGGGAUGCCCGCUGUUGUUGGAAGCACAUUUAGGGAAGGUGGAGGGGAAGGGAGGGGAUUGGGGAUUGGUGGGUCGUUUGGUUCGACUUCGGCUGCGGGUGGACCGGAUGCCGAUGACCAACUUAUCCUUCCGGUUUCGCUGAGCUUUAAAGUGUUGGUUGAAUGCCCAAUUGCUACGGUCCUCUUUAGCGACCCUGAACAACCAAAUGCCAAAUAUAGUCUUCAGCUUGUACCGGCUAGCAUCAAGUUCUUGCAAUUGGAAGUGGCGCAGCAGAAGCGUGCUCAUGAGGAGAGCGCAAAAGAGAAUAACAUGUGGAUAGGUGUAGCACCGGGGAUCAAGAACCGUGCUGCAUACACAGAUUUCAUCACUGCGCAAAUCAAGGUCAUGUCGUACAUCGCAUAUGUCUUCAGACAUCCCCACGAACAGUUUGGUCAAUAUGCCCAAGUCAUCCCCACUGUAGCUGUCAGAUUAUUGCAGGAUUGCCCGGCCGAGGCAUCUGCGAUCCGCAAAGAUCUCAUCAUUGCCAUCCGUCACAUGUUGACUGAAGAAAUACGAACCCUGUUCCUCGCCAAGCUUGAUAGUCUUAUGGACGAGCGGAUCUUAAUUGGGCCGGGAGUCGCAAGUCGAGAGGGAUUGAGGCCACUUGCGUAUACUACACUAGCGGACCUGAUACAUCAUGUUCGAGCCGAGCUGUCCGUUGAGCAGCUUUCGCGAGUCUUCCAUGCAUACUCAUGCAUCCUCCAUGAUGCAUCAAUCCCUUGUGGGACACAAACGAUGAGCAUGAAGUUCCUUAUCAACCUCGUCGAGUUCGUCGUCGCCAAAUGCAGCCGACCAGGAGCUGCUCGAAUCCUUAUGGAUUUCCUCGAGACUGCAGUGGAAAAGUUAGAAGCCCUCCAUCGCGUGUACGAGGAUCAAAUCCUCAUGUACGAUGCGCAAAAAUCAACGGACCUCCCGGUUCCUUUACUGAGUUUUGUGGCCGUCGAACGAUCAAAGCCAACGGAUGCCUUAUCUUAUGUCCUAGAGCCUCAAGACGCCGUUAUCAAAGACUCGCGGCUACUUUUUUGGACGCUCCAGCAUGGCUUCAAGAGCAUUCUUCGCAGUUUGCGCGAAGUAGAAGCCUCGCCGCCUGACUCUGAACUGAUGGGAAAGCUCAUGGAGGCUGGGGUUAAAUGUCUUGCUCUGUAUGAGCGAUGGCCGGUCGGACAGAUGGAAAAGGAUUUCCUAGAAAGAUUUGGCGAGGUAUUCCUGGAAAUGGCACCACCCGUGGUUCAGGAGGUCUGGACCUUGAAAUUCCCUUUUUACAUGGAACGACUUCUCGAGCACCCGAACAUCCUUCAACUCCCCCAGAUGCUUCUGGCCAAUGAGGCAAUGUCAAGACCUCUUCUGUCUAUAAUGCUGCGCUACCUCGUUGGGCAACUUGAUACUCUAGGAGAGCAGGAUACGAAACACGCGGCUGCGACGCUGAGAAUGUUUAAAAUGUGCUUCAUGGCGGCCACAUUGUAUCCAGAGCAGAACGAAAUGGUGCUCUUGCCGCACAUUCCUCGGCUCAUAGUGGAUUCUUUCCCACUUGCUGCAAAAUCUCCCGAGCCGACACAUUAUUACCUGCUCCUCCGAGCACUUUUCCGGGCUAUCGGUGGCCAUAAAUUUGAUAACCUGUACAAAGAAGUGUUGCCGCUGCUUCAGGAGAUGUUGGAAAACUUGAACAGGUUGCUCCUCGCUUCUGUCAACAACGCAAACAUCCGAGACCUGAUCUCUGAGCUUUGCCUUACCGUCCCUGUCAAGCUCACCUUCCUAUUGCCGUACUUACACCACCUUAUGAAACCCCUCGUCUUCGCUCUACGAGCCGGACCUGAGCUGGUAGCACAGGGACUCAGAACGCUGGAACUCUGCAUUGACAACCUGACACCAGAGUUUCUUGAUCCUACCCUCAACCCAGUUUUACCGAACCUCAUGGGUGCGCUCCAUAACCUGCUCAAGCCACUUCCAGUGAACCACAUGUCCGCACACGUUACGAUUCGAAUCCUUGGUAAGCUGGGUGGUCGGAACCGUCGGUUACAUUACGAGCCACCUCGGCUCGAGUAUCGGACCCAGGACGAUGAAACGAGUCUCCUUAUGUCAUUUGACUCCCGAAGCGAGCGCGUUGACAUCUCAGCGUUAUGUGGACUCGCUGCAAAGUCCAUUCGGCAUUCAAAUGCGGUAUACCGUGCACAUGCUUAUGAACUUUUGAAAACUUCUUUAGCUGUAGUCUUGGGCAAGGGUAACGAUGGGGGUCAACGCGACAGUGUUUUCUCCGUCAUACUUGGCGGCCUUUUUGAUGCAAUUCAUGUACCUGAGCUGAUGCCACACGCACAUGAAUAUGUGCGCGACAUGACCUGUCAUAUCUUUAUCACAGAGCUCGGCAAAAUGUCGCCCUCAUCAUUCGGUUCUCGCCGAACUAUGUUCGCUCCCGUCAUCAGUGUCCAGGUGGAGGCGAUAACGCGCUGUCUUACCGUCUCUGAUCCCAAGGAUAUGGAGAAAGCCAGAGAUUGCGUUUCUGCUAUCAUCGAGGAUUUGUUGCGCGUGGCCAAGGAAGCCGCGCUUCAAGAGGGUCAGGGGAAGGAUGUAAACGCCAUUAUUCACCUCCUAGCUUCGCGAUUCGUUGGUCUUUGCUUCGAAGAAGCCAUAGAAUGCAAAAUGGCUGGCUUUAACGGUAUCGUCAUCAUGAUCAGGACACCACAACUUGAAGUCGGAAGGGUCGAGGAGCGCGAAAUCGACUUCAUCAGGGCUCUUCUGGGCAUUAUUAAGGACACGCCUCCAGAUACAUCAAGAAGUAUAUCUGACAUUACCUCAACAAUUCUUGAUAUCCUGCGCCUCUGUCAUGGGCCGCGCGAUGACGAACACAAGCUAGGCGUCGACGAUUUAAACGUGGCAAAGCAGCAAACAUUCCUCUUUGUUGUUAGUGUCAUGGUCUCGGAGCUUUCCAGUGCAAAUACAACGGUUCGAAGGACUGCUCAACAGUCACUUGAGCUCCUUGCUGAGCUAACAGGAAAAACGACUUACGACCUUGUGAGACCAGGCCGCGAUCGCCUUUUAGGUCCUAUUUUCAAUCGGCCACUUCGAGCUUUACCCUUGCUCAACCAGAUCGGUCACGUAGACGCAGUCACUUAUACCUUGAACAUGCGACCCCCCUUGCCUGAGGUGACAGAGGAAUUGUGGCGUAUGUUGAAUGAGACGCUUGCGGUCGCGGACGCUGAUGACAACAGCCUCAAUUCUCAAAAUCGCACCGGACAGAUGCAGAACCUUGCUAUAAUUACUAAUCUUCGUGUUGCCUGUAUAAAGCUUCUGAGUGCGGCUAUCCCAGCAACCGACUUUUUCCAGGGACAGAAUACCAUGCGGGCAAGGGUAAUCACCGUAUAUUUCAAGUCGCUGUAUCUCGUCUCAAACAAGGUCAAGGACGCAGCUUCAGACGGAUUGCAGACUGUCCUCAAUCAUCAAAGCCGGCUGCCAAAGGAGCUUUUGCAUGGCGGCCUGCGGCCCAUAUUGUUGAAUUUGGCGGACCCGAAAAAGCUUAUACUCGCAAACUUGGAGGGACUUGCCAGGUUGCUUGGCCUUCUUACCAACCAUUUCAAACCCGAGAUCGGCGCAAAGCUGAUAGAACACUACAAGACAAUCGCGGACCCAAAGAUGCUGAACGACGCUGCCCGCAACCCAUUGGCUGACAACGAUGAAAUUGGGAAAUUAGUCAGACUUGCCGAUAUCUUUCACCGUCUACCUUUCCCCGCGGGUGUUGUAUUCUUGAAGGACAUCGCAGAGUGCAUCGUUCAGUCAGAAACGGCUUUGCUCAGUGCAUCCCCAACUCCAUUCACCCAGCCCUUAUCCGCCUUCGUUGACAAAUACCCCGUAGAGUCUGUGGAAUACUUUUUCAGUACAAUGGCCAAUGACCGCCAUGUGCGCUCGUUCCGUAACGUCCUCAUUUCCAACUCCGCACCAGCGUUCCUUGCACAGUUGCGAGAAAGAACUCCAUUUCUGAUAUCUCAUUGCCUCCGUGAUGCAGAUCUUCUGCUUCCUGGCUUACUUGUUUGCCUGGAUCUUGCACGUCUCGACAUCGAAUGGUUUUGCAACAAGGAGGAUCUCAUUCCGAGCCUAUUGGAAGUUUGGAAUUCCGAGCUAACUGCGGAUCAAAACAGUCAGCCACGCACCAAACCCGUUUCAACGCUCUUAGCGAUCUUCCAAUUAUGCCUGGAACAUAGGCUAAAUCUGAGCAUACUCUUUAGCCUUAUCGCAGUCUAUACUCACCGAAUCGCGCUUGAGCUCUCUGCGCUUGCCCGUUUUCUUCACAUCAACGUGGUGCUGAAUGCCGUCAUGGAAACGAAGCGUGAGAUAUUCAUUCGCUUUUUAGACUGGUUUGAGAAGUCCUCUGCGCGCUACGACUACAUCACUUUCUUCCUCCGCGUCAUCAUCAGCCCCAUGCUUGUUGUUUCCUAUCAAAAGCCAAACGAACAGGAGUCUUUUAUUACGGAGGAGAUGGUCAAGGCUCUGCACGUAAAGGUUUGGAAGCCUAUGUUGGACAUGGCCUAUUCAAAUCACUCUCUUAACGACGCCUGCAUCAUCGAAUUACUGCAUGUUUCAAGCCUUCUUAUUCAGCACUGUCCUGAUCUCUUGAAUGAGGCGCGUGGCGAUAUCCAGAAAUUCGCCUGGGCAUUUGUAACUUCCGAAGACGCGAUCGUCAAGCAAACCGCUAAUUUGCUCACCGCCCGCGCCAUUAAGGCUUACCCGGGUUCACCCUCUUUGGCGAGAAAGGUAUGGGUGGGCUUGCUCAAACCACAAAUGCAGAACGAGGGUCGGAACCUCAUUCGUCAGGCCGUUGACACGCUUGCCCCCGCUCUGCCUACCAGAGCGUCCGAACCGUCUAAAGAAGGUUCCAAUAUUCCCCUAUGGGCAAUGAGUACAAGAAUCGUCUUACAGGAAGAAGGGAACAGUCUCAGCUCCAUGGUCAGCAUAUAUCGCAUCAUAAUGCGUCAUUCAGAAUUAUUCUACCCCUAUAGAGAACAAUUUGUCGCCCCAAUGAUUAACUCGUUGCCUAAGCUGGGCUUAGGACCGGGGGGAGGCAUGGAGACGCGCCUGAUGACUUUGGAAGUUGUAGACCACAUCCUGCGUUGGGAACGCCAGCGUGUGAAGUUCUCAGACGUCUCAGAGGCUAACGACAACAAUGGGGAUGUCCACAUGGCGUCCCCAUCCGAUUCUUGGACUAUACCACUGCAAUUACGCGAAUCAUGCGUUGCAUUUCUUGUUAGAUUGGUCAUGAGCGUAGGGGCCGAUGCAUCUGGAAAGCCUCAGAUUGUACUUAGGGCGCUUCGAACUCUUCGUGAACUUCUAGCAGUCCCUGGGUGGUCAGAUGCAACAAUUAAACCUGCAUUCUUUGAGAGGACUCUGGUCCAAAGCGAGACGACGCCUGAAGCUCUGCCACAUACAACGAAUGCUCUACGGUUACUCGCUGUUUCUAUUGAUGACAAACCCGAAGAGUGGAUACUGGCGAAUCUGAAGAAUUCACGCACUUGGCUCGAGAAGCCUCUGAGUAGAUCCGAAGCUGCGAUUCAUGAGAUUGCUAUUCCUAUAAUGGAUAAAAUCAUCACCUCGAUGUCCAUCACCCCUGAUGACCCCCCUCCGGAUCUCUCUGAUCAGCGAGGGUUGGAAGAACCCCGUUCCGCAGCCCACUUGCCACUAGUGUUAAACGUCCUCCUUUUCCUCGUGCGAAAAAUCCCAUCCGCUUUGAAAGACUUCGCAACCAGCCUUAUGAAGCUGUUCACGAAGGCUUGCCGGGAGCAUACCAAUCCUUCACCAGAUAAAAAGCCCAUCGAUGUCACGAGUCGCCUCAUCAAAAAUAUGCUGGAAAUUUCGCGUAUCCAAGCACCCGUCUCCUCGGAAGCUCGCAAGUCUCUUAUCGCAUCCAUCAUUCUCUUAGUCGAUAAAUCCACCGACAUCAGCAUUUGUCGCCUCAUUCUGAACAUUUGCAGGGAAUGGGUUUUCGAUCGCCAAGACCCCAUACCAACGAUGAGGGAGAAAGCAACCAUCCUUCAGAAGAUGGCUGCCUUUGAGCACAAACGGGACGAGGCGCUUUUCGUUGAUUACCUCAACUUGAUCUACGACAUUUAUAAAGAACCCAGCCUCCAUCGAACGGAUCUCACCACCAAACUGGAGCCUGCAUUCUUAAUUGGACUGCGCUACAAAGACCCGGCUUUGCGUUCGAAGUUUGCUGUUCUCUUCGAUGAAUCGCUGCCUCGGUCGCUUAGUCAGCGUAUGCAGUAUGCUCUAGGGUCGCAAAGUUGGGAGUAUCUCGCAGACCACUAUUGGAUCCCUCAGGCUCUAGAUCUGCUCCUUGGAGCGGUAAAUGAGAAUGAAGUGAUUCUUGGCUCGAUCCAUGACAUUGAUAUGGAUGACAACGACAAUCCUUCAUUUGGAGCUCGCGUUACUACUAUCGGGGACUUUGUUCGUCCUGCCCGGCAGCUUCUACCACUUGAUCCUGAAACAGCACACCUCACUUGGGUUUCCGUAUUUGGCGCUAUAUGGCGAUUGAUGUCAAGAAAAGAACAAGCCGAUGUCGCUCGCUCAUUAACUAUACUCCUCGGGAAGGAAUACCACUUGCGGCAGGCCCGUGCUCCUCGUAAUGUGGUACAGUCGUUGCUUGCAGGUGCUGCCGCCUGUCGACCUCCAUUAGCACUCCCACCCUUUGUCGUGAAAUACCUUGGGAAGACUUUCAACGCGUGGCACAUCGCUCUAGAAAUCCUUCAGUCAUCGCUUAAUCAUAUUCGGGAAGACGAAGCUGUACGCGAUGCUACACUGGAUGCUCUGGCGGAGCUCUAUGCAGAGUUGUCGGAAGAUGACAUGUUCUAUGGACUUUGGCGCCGCCGUGCGUUAUAUCCAGAAACAAACAUCGCCGUUUCAUUCGAACAGAAUGGGCUCUGGGCAGAUGCACAGUCAAUGUACGAAUCUGCCCAGACACGUGCCCGACAAGGCAGCGCUCCAUUCAGCGAGUCCGAGUACUGUCUAUGGGAAGAUCAUUGGAUACUUUCCGCUCAGAAAUUGCAGCAAUGGGAAACGCUGAAGGAGCUCGCGACCGCUGAAGGGAAUCACGACCUUGUCCUCGAGUGUGCCUGGCGUCUUUCUGAUUGGACGGCGAACUCUGGCGACCGCGACGCUAUUGACAGGGCCAUGCACGCAGUUCAAGACGUUCAUACUCCUCGACGCAGAGUAUUUGAGACAUAUGCACACCUCAUCCGAUCCAACCCCUCACAUUCCCCCAAUGACCGUAACGAGUUUGUUAGAAUGGUGGAGGAAAGCAUGCAGAUAGCCCUACGCAAGUGGGUUUCGCUUCCUUCAAUAAUUUCGAUGGUCCACGUUCCAUUGCUACAGCAUUUCCAGCAACUUGUGGAACUGCAAGAGGCAGCCCAGAUAUUCCAUGCACUGACCUCUACGACCGCCUCGAAUCUGGAAAAGAGAUCGGCAGACCUUAAAAUGAUCCUUCAGGCAUGGAGAGAACGUCUCCCUAACCUCUACGAUGACAUCAGUGUAUGGAGUGAUCUGGUCGCAUGGAGACAACACGUUUUUUCCCGCAUCAAUCACCACUUUCUUCCUUUGAUUCCCCAGCCUCCCCCGAAUCAAGGGGUGUCAGGAAAUUCGGGCACAGCCGGGUACAGAGGCUUCCACGAGACAGCUUGGAUCAUUAAUCGCUUUGCGCACGUCGCGCGUAAGCAUGGUCUACUCGAAGUUUGUCACAAUAGCCUCGGGAAAAUUUACACACUCCCCAACAUUGAAAUCUCCGAAGCCUUCCUCAAGCUUCGUGAGCAAGCUCGGUGCCAUUAUCAAGUGUCUAACGAGUUACAAGCGGGCCUAGAAGUUAUCAAUAACACAAAUCUAGUAUACUUCACUCCACCACAGAAAGCAGAGUUCUUCACACUGAAGGGCAUGUUCAUCGCCAAAUUGGGCCACAACGAAGAGGCUAACGCAGCUUUCGGACAAGCGGUUCAGAUGGACCUCAAUAUGCCAAAAGCCUGGGCGGAGUGGGGCAAGUAUAACGAUCGUAUGUUCAAGGAACAACCUGGGGAGCUGGCGUUGGCCGGAAACGCGGUUAGCUGCUACUUACAAGCUGCUGGCCUGUAUAAGAACUCGAAAACCCGUCCUCUUCUUAUUCGAAUUCUUUGGUUCCUUAGCGUCGAUGAAAUCCCUGGUGGACCGAUCUCCAAAGCCUUCGAGAGCUUCAAGGGUGACAUGGCAUUGUGGUACUGGAUCACUCUGAUACCUCAACUCCUCCUUUCUCUAUCCCACCGAGAGGCUAGACACGCCAGGCGUCUACUUAUGGAGUUGGCAAAAACAUACCCUCAGGCUCUUUUCUUCCAACUGCGCACAGUGCGCGAGGAUUAUGCACAAAUGAAGAAGCAAGUUACCAAUGCUUCGGCGCUUGCAGCAGCAGCGGUGGCUAGAGCUGAGAGUGCCAAUACAGCAGUGGCAGCCAAUCCGGCCUCCAUGGGCAAACCAUCAGAGCCGUCUGAAACGCUUGCCAGCGACACCCAGAAGACUACACCAGGAGAGUCUCCGGCGGAGCUGAAGCGAAACGGAGAGGACGUUAAGCCGGUCGCCAACCAGAGCUUACCUGGCAGCGCUCCUGAAAACGCACCUGUGAAGGUUGGCUCACGGCAUCCAUGGGAGUAUGUCGACGAGAUUAGUGCAAUCCUGAAGACGGCCUAUCCAUUACUUGCGCCAACCUUGGAACAAAUGGUUGAUCAAUUAGGGCAUCGGUUCAAACCAACCCAAGAAGAGGAGAUUUAUCGAUUUAUCAGUGCGUUGUUGAGUGAAGGUGUCUACCAAUCCGUCCAACGUAACGGUACGCCAGGGGAUGAUGGAUCUGUUCCAGAUGUCUGCGUAACAAACAUAGUCCGGCUUGCCGCUAGUCUUCCCCCGGCAACAAAGCAAUCUUUUGAGGAGGACCUGGUUAAGAGCAAGCCUACAAUGAAAGAAUACGUUGAGCGCUUACAAAUAUGGCGCGAUCGCUAUGAAUCCCACCUUGAAGCCCGCCCGCGGAUCCAACCUCUCAAUGUCAUCAGUCACUGGCUCGUUGAGUUCCAGCAUCUGAAGUAUGACGAUGUUGAAAUUCCCGGCCAAUACCUCGAGCAUAAAGAUUCGUCUUCCGACUUCAUCAAGAUAGCACGAUUUUCCCCAACAUUUGAGCUUUGCCGUGGAAACUCUUUUUGCUUUAGGCGAAUCACCUUCAUUGGCCACGAUGGCUCCAGACAUCCGUUUGCAGUGCAAUUGCCCUCUGCGCGUGUCUGCCGGCGGGAGGAACGUUUCAUGCAGCUAUUCAGAAUUUUCAAUUCGGUGUUAGCUCGGAGGAAGGAAAGUCGUAAAAGGAUUCUAACAUUCCACAUCCCGAUUGCAGUGCCCAUGACGCCCUCGCUAAGACUGCUUGAGAAUGAUUCCUCUUAUGUCACGCUGCAGGACAUUUACGACCAGCACUGCCAAACAGUCGGUAUAUCGCGAGAGGAACCGAUCAUAACUUCAAGCCUCAAGAUCAAAUCCUUCAUUGACCCCCACAAACCGUUCACGCCAGCUGAGUUGACAAACCUCAAAAUGGAAUUGAUGGACGAACUCGUCAACAAGAUGGUUCCGCGGACCAUCCUAUCAAAUUACAUGAGCAGAAUUAUGGCGGGUCCCAUGGAGCGAUGGAUGAUGCGAAAGCAGUUCACACUCCAAGUUGCAGCAGUUUCAUUUAUGUCAUACGUCAUGAGUGGUGGCAAUCGUGUCCCUUCCCGCCUACAUGUUUCAAGAAAGUCAGGCCUAAUUUAUAGCUCGGAAUUGUUGCCAACUCAUAAUACGCCGGUGCUGCAAUCUUCCGAAGCAGUUCCUUUCCGAUUUACCCCAAACAUGCAGCAUUUUGUUACCCCUAACGGUAUAGAGGGCUUGAUGACCUCGGGCAUCAUGGCCAUUGGAAGAUGCCUUACUGAGCCUGAGUACGAUCUAGAACAACAACUCAGCUUGUUCUUGCGAGAUGAAGUGCUCACGUGGUAUAGCCAUCACGGAAAGCAACCAUCCGCAGACAUCGUGUUCAGAACCCAUGUUAGUCAAAACGUGGAUGUUGUCGUCAAACGAGCGGAAGUUCUUGCUUGCAAAUAUGAGCGGGAAAAUACGCACCCCAAUUCUUCCAUACCCGCAUCCAAAGCUGUAUCCGAUCUUAUUUCAAUUUCUACAAACCCUCAAAACCUCGCACGAAUGCCCGAACAAUGGUAUCCGUGUUACUAAUCAAUCUCAUAAUGCGCCACAUAGUGUACAUGUAUCUUCAUCCACGAUUGUAUUAACACCGCAGCGACUUAUGCAGUUCCACUGUAAGCCUUGGAAGCUUGAUGGCCCUCGAACAAUUCUUCGGUAGUCUUCAAAGU